GUGUGUAUGAGUGUGUGUGUGUGUGCGCAUGCAUCGCUCUCCCCUCAUAAAACACUUGAACGCACAUUACCGGCCGCCUCUGGAACGGAACAUGACACAGACGCGCAGCAGAUCCUUCAUCAACAGUCAAAUUGAGAAAACUUCACGCGUCAUGAUCCAACUCAUUCUGUUGAACUACUGUGGAGCGGAAAUCUGAUGGCUGCGCUCCCACAUGAUCCCACUCCUGACCAAACACAAGCUUACAAGUUCACACACACACAAUUCAUCCUACAAACGCACACUCAAUGCAAACCUGUCCAUAAACACACAAGCUCCUCAGAAAUCCAGCUUUGAGAGAAACACGUUUUGGGACCGUUUUCAUAUCGCACCAUGUCGAAGGAAGACUGUAAGUUGGGCUGUAAAUACAAGGAACGCAAGCCCAAAAAGCCGCACUAUAUUCCGAGGCCUUGGGGCAAACCCUACAACUACAAAUGCUUCCAGUGUCCAUUCACAUGCAUGGAGAAAUCACACCUGUACAACCACAUGAAGUACAGCCUGUGCAAGAACUCCCUGUCAUUGCUCAUCGAGUCCGACUGGCCGUAUAAAAAAGAGCAGCUCCGGCUCCAGCAGGGAAGCGUUUGCUCACGUAGCCCAGCUAAGGCUCACUCAGAGUGGGUCGCGAUGUCAGAUGAGCCCUCGCAUUCAGCGGCGAGUCUGGAGGAGGGUGAGAAAGGAGAAUCUGAAAGAGAAACGGAGAAAGACGAAGAGGUUGUGGAGACCAAUGCAUCGACGGUUAUGAGUCCCAAAUCUGCAGAGACGUGUUCAAGAGGAAGCAAACUAUCAAAGCAAGAAGCUGAACUCGUGAUGGCCGACGUGUUCUCGCUUGAGGAGCAACUUUUGCGAGCACGAUCGGUUGAGGUAGAGUCAAAACUAAGACACUAUAGAUUGUCCAAAACAUGUCUGUCUGGACCGGCGGCGUUGCUUUCGGAGCAAUGGCGCAUCUUAAGCAACCAGAUGUCUGGUGCGAAGCCCAAAUCGGAUCCGGUGGCGUCUUCUAUGCCUUGUUAUCCUCCAACGGUGUCAACGGGUCAAAUCGAAUGUCCUGAGACGCCGGGUUUCAAUCUGUCUUUGCUUGGCAUUGGAUACCCGUUGGCUCCAGGACUCCUUUCUUACCUAAAUCCAGCACUUAGCUUACCUGCGAGGAGUACAGCGAAUACAAGCGCACCACUGCCGUUCCUGGCAUCAACCCAUGCACAAAGACACACAGAGCGUCCUUUACUUCCUCCUCACUUGUAUUACCCUUUCCUGUGCGAGCACACUUUCGGAGUGCCGUCUUCCUCAACGUCCUCCGAGACAGGAAAGCUUAUCAAACCACCAACCGCAAGCCUGCCGCCCCCUUCGUACCCUCCCAAACUCAACCUGUGGAAGGUCCCGGCCCUCCGGCCCACAUCCUCACCUGCGGCUUGGGCGUCUCCCACCAGUUCCUCCCCUGAACCGAGCCACAGCGUAAAGGAGAGGAUACUUUCGAGGGAAGGGAACAGCGCCUGGACGCGGGAUGUCUCCAUCAGAGAGCAAAGUCUGAAGAGGACAGUGGCGUCCUUGGACUCCCAUGAUGCACCAGGAGAGAAGAAACCAGCUCUUGAGUUUGCCCUCGACUCUCUGAAAAAUGUUCACAAAUCUACGUCCAUCGCCUCCUUGAUGUCCAGCAGGCUCCCCAAGCACAACAGCCCCCGCAGUGAUGUCUCGUCCCCGCCGCAUAUGUCUGAACAGCUGGAGGCGAGACAGAGAGAAAUGGAGAGAGACGUGGACCCUGCAGCUGCGCUCCUGCAGGACUUCAGCACAUUACUAAAGGAGUACCAGAACACAGAGCAGUGUGUCUCGUCUCUGCCGGAGCAGUGCCACCUGUGGGCGCACCUGGGAAAGAUCCGGUCAGAGCUGUCGCAUAUUCAACAGGCACUGGAGCACACGGCCCGCUCCAACGAAGGGCCGCUCGAUCUAUCCGUCAAGAAAGACCCAGCAGGAAUCACAAACAUCGCCGGAGACAUUCUAGAAGAAAAAAAAGACACAGGAGAUGAAAACUGCUCUGAGAUGGAAGACGACGAGGAAGAAGAGGAUGGGAAAUACCACAGAGAUGCAGUGGAACGAGGAAGCUGUGCUAAAGAAAGGCAGAAGUGCUCUCUGGACGCGCUAACGAAACUGAAUCCAUCCCAGCUGCCCGUGGUGAAGACAGAGGUGCUGUCUGACGGUGGACUGACGAUUCGACCCGGGACGGCUGAAGCUCUGUGGCCCAGCAGAACCACGAAGUGUGAAGCCGACUCAAGUGUCCUUCUCUGCUCCAAAACACCCAACAGACCUCCGUCCAUUCAACAUCUGGACACGCUUUGUCCGACCAGCCCCUUAACAGCCACCGACACAAUGGUGUAGCAAACAUGAAGAAGAAAAAUAAACAAGAGCUUACAUCAUUUACAUAUUUACACUGCAAGACAAAUAUCUGGACACACUUGACUGAAUUCAAGUUUCUUUUUUUUAAAUAAAUUGAAA